GGUGUUGUAUUUCUGUAUUUCUGUGACAGUGGGUUUUACAGGGUCAAGUGCUUCAGUGCUGAGCCAAAUAUUUAAUGUGAUCAAUGGCCCGUAAAGAAUAACAUGUUGUUCGUGUUAAACUCAGACUUCGUGCCGUCGUCACUCGUUGCUGACUCAGGACAGAGAACAGAUUGGGCUGUCUUCCGUAACAAUCCAGCAAACCUUGACGCCUCUUCAGUGAACUCCAGAGCUCAUAAAAGAGACACUUCAUGAGCUGGAUUGAUAGUUUACAAAAGUUUAUUGGCAGGCGGCACCAGCGAGAGGUAAUUAAAGGCAAGAUUUACAAGGCAUUUGUCCGAGCUGUUUGUGGAAUAAUGAAGCCGCAAAAAAGUCCUGUCACAUUUCCGAUAAAAGCCGUCCUUCCUGUUUGUUAAUGGCUGAGUCAGUAAAGGAGCAGAUGAAUCCAAGCUUGCCAAUUCACAAGCACUUAAUGUAUUCAAAAUUACUGCCUUCUAACACUUUUAAUGUUGUUUUGAAACUUUUUGAAUUAAAAAUGUUCUUGUCGUGCUGCCAGAUGACAAACCAAAUUGUCAGUGUUAAAUAUUCAAUCAUAGAAAAAGUCCAAUUUUGAGGGCAGGUUUUUUAGAAAAUAAAAAUAGUUUGCUUUUGUUUGUUGACUUGAAACAAUGUUUUACAGACCUGAUGAACAUUAGACAGCAUUAACUGAGCUCUGUGUGUUGCAAACUCAUUUCUUUUUGCUUUGAGCUGCUUGUAACCCGACCCUGCUGCUUCUGCUUUGGUGUUCGACACAGCGAUCAUCAGAGGUGUGAGCAGGAGAAAAACUGAUUACUUAUGACUGUGUUGUGUUUGGCUCUUUCUCUGCAUUGUCUGUAGUUUGAUCUCCAUGUGGGCGUAUAUCAUGUGUCCAUUAUUCAGGUCUGUCCUUAUUUUUAGAACACAAACUACGGUGGGAUCAGACUCCAGAUCAGAGGUGUCAAACUCAUUUUAGUUCAGCCCAGUUUAAUCUCAGGUGAGCAGUAAAACCACAGCAUAAUAACCUUUAAAUAACCACAACUCCAAAUGGUUCCUUUGUUUUAGUGCAAAAAUGUUGGCAUUUAAGAACAGUGAAGUGAAAUUUCAACAACAUUCAUCCUCAGUUUAUCAUUUCCACAUUACAACUUCACAGAGUGUCUUCAGAGGAACACAACAUUUAGUCACCUGGAACUGAACCAGAGAGGAUUUACUAUAUGAUCAAAACAACAAAAACCCCUGACAAAACCCAAAAACAACAAAACAAGACAAGAUAUUACAAAAAUGAGACAAAAACGACACAAAACAAAACAACAGAGACAAAAAAUUUGGACAAACAACAAAAACGAGACCAAAAAAUUAUACAAAUAACACAAACAAGACCAAAAAGGACAAAAGCAAGAAACAAAACGGAGUGUUUUAUGAACAACCUGAAAUUUGCUCAGAAAAAUAAGCUGUAAAUUCAGCAGUAUAAUGCCUCAGUUUACCGUUCAGACGUGUGCAUUCCGACUUAGAGAUGUCUGGAAAAGCACAAAACAUUCAGUCACAGAUAACUUUAACUGAACAAUGGAGCACUUUAUUUUAUUCAGUAUGAUCCAAACAACUUGUCAAGGUCUAGAAAUUAUUUAAAAUUUGCAGCUAAUGACACCCUUGCUCCAUAUGAAGGUCCUGGACAUUCAGACUAGAACAGUGUUUGUGGUUGCUGCGUCCUUUAUGUAAAGAAUGGAUUAAUAAAUGUCUAAAUGCUACCUUGCCAGACUAAACAGCUGACUUUCUGGCUUACUACAUGUGAUCAAACACACAGGCCAAAUGUGAACCUGAUUAGCUGUUUAUUUUUAAUAUCAAACUCUUGAUAAAUAUUAACCAAGGACAUUUCUUUUUUCCCUAAAAUCUAACCGAGUGUGUUGUUUACUUAGUCUCAUAAGUGUUUCAUGUUGGAGAAAUGUUCAUUAUUUGACACAAAGUUGGUUUUAUGUCCUUGAAAAAUAAACGUUUCAAGAUCCAUCUUAAUGCAGAGGUGUUUUAUUUUGGUGGGAUGUCAUCUUACAUCCUCCAUUUACAGUUUUUAUGGCCGUCCUAGCAGCAGAUGUUCCCUUCCUCUGGUUAACUGAUGGUACAGGUGUUCAGAUCUGCUUUUUUUGGCGUCUUGCUCUGAAUCACACACGUGCAGGCUACAAAACAUCUGAUAAAGAAAAGGUCAGAUAAAGCUCUGCCCUGCGCUUGUCUUUGUUUUCAACAUGUCAACAUGCUGAGGAAUCCAGAGAAAAUAGGUGACAAAGGUCAGUCCAGGUGAGCCGCUCACAUGUCACCAUCAAUGUUUUACUCAGCGAGUUUUUUAAUCCUCUGUUGACUUUAAAUGCUGCCUCUUCUGUCUUUUUCCUGCUCUCUCUGCUGGUGGUUCUACAUGUUGACCCCUCGGUGCCUCCUAACCUGAACUCCUGAGGACCUCCAGGCAUGUUUCAUCUUCUGCUGAGUGACAGCACCAGCACCGCAUGUGGAAAACCACUGGAGGCUUCUGAAACCUCAGCAAAGCCUGGAGAGCCGGCCUGCAGGAAGAGCAUGAUGGCUUCGACUUGAUCCCAGCAGGUGUCUGAGUGUUGCAGAAAGCAGUGCAGCUCAUCAUGGACUCUCCAGUGAAGGCUCAAAGCAGAAGGUCUGUUGUUUCUCCUCCAGCAGCCCUCGACGGCGGCUACGCCUGGUUCGUCCUGCUCUCCUGCUUCCUCGUCUUCGGUCUGACCUUUGGGGUCGUGAAGGCCUUCGGUGUGUUCUAUGUUGAGAUACAUCGAUACUUUGGAACCACAGCGACAGGAACGUCAUGGAUCACCUCUAUUGCCGUAGCAACCAUCCACGUUGGAGCACCUUUAGCGUCGGCACUCAGCGCCCGCUACAGCCACCGCUCCGUGGUGAUCGUGGGUGGACUGAUAUGCAGCGUGGGAGUGGUGUUGGGGGCUUUUGCUCGUAACAUCACUGAGCUCUACCUGACUGUGGGGUUUCUAAAUGGGUUUGGCUAUGCGUUAACCUGGACCCCCACCGUCACCAUGUUGGGUUUCUACUUUGAGAAAAGGCGUCCGAUGGCCAACGCCUUGUCCAGCUCUGGAGAGUGCAUCCUCACCUUCGUCCUCACGCCUCUGUUCCAGCUGCUGAUCGACAGCUUCUCCUGGAGAGGAGCUCUGCUGAUCCUCGGGGGUCUGCAGCUCAACCUGUGUGUGUGUGGGAUGCUGCUGAGGCCUCUGAAAACCUCCAGAGAUGUUUGCAAUGCCAGUGAGGUCAAAGCAGAGGAGGAAGGCUUGUCCAUGGAACUGCUCUCUCAAGAGGAUCGGCCCAGGUCGGUUAAUCAGGAAGAGGAAGGAGUGGAACUAUCUGAGAAUGAUGAACAGACGGUUAACGCAUGUCCUGAAGAACCGAAACAGAAACCACAUGUGACCAAAGACUCAGCAGCUAAGAGGGCUGAACUAAAGACCAAAAUCAUUCGCUACGUAGAUUAUACUCUUAUCAGAAAUGCUCGAUUCAUGGUCUACUCCAUGUUUGGGGUGUUUGCCGCUCUGGGGUUCUUCGCUCCAGCUCUGUUCCUGGUUCCUUACGCUCGCAGUAAAGGAGUGGAGGAAUACCAGGCGGCUGCUCUGAUGUCCAUCUCUGCAGUGCUGGACCUGUUUGGACGAGUGUUCUUUGGCUGGGUGGCAAACCUGAGGCUGGUGGAGACGGUGCAGCAGCUGACGGUUACAGUGACUCUGCUCGGUGCGGUGAUCCUGCUGUGUCCACUGGCCUCCUCCUUCACUGAGCUGGCUGUUUUCAGUGCAGCUUACGGCCUGGUCUACGGAGCAACGGUCGCCAUCCAUAUCACCGUGCUGGCCGAGAUCGUGAGCAUCCAAAAGCUGGGCAGCGCUCUGGGCUUUUUCAUGCUCAUACGCAGCAGCGGAGGCCUGCUUGGACCGCCCAUCGCUGGAUUUUUCAUUGACAAGAUGAGCGACUACGGGACGGGCUUCCUCAUGGCGGGCGUUGCUCUCAUCGUCUCUGCCCUGUUCCUGCUCCUCCUCCGUCAGAUGAGCCGAAGGGGUCAAAAUACAGACGCCAAGAACCAUGACACGGACAUGGACAAAGAGCUGGAUCAGGACGUGACAUGAACAUUAGAGCUUUUACUGCUGUUGAUGAGCUGUAAAUUGCAUCUGGAUCCAAAGGUCACUGUCAGAAAAAUGCAGGGACAGUUGAACUCCAAACAAGUAAUCUGCAGCUUCAAAAUGAGACUUUUCUAUCUAUAGCUGGGGGACAAAUGAAAGGAAAAACCAAAGUAGAAUGUCUUAGUAAGGCACCAGAAUAUUUUCAAUGCUCCUCUGCAUUGAUUCUCCAAGUCUCAAGAGAGACUGGAGAGGUGGAACGUCAUUCUUAUUAAUAUAUUUUCCUCCAUUUGGUGUUUUGAUGAUGAACGAUGAACAUAUCGGUCCAAAAUCUCCCUUAGGUUUUCCACUGGAGUGACAACUGGUGGUUGUGAAGGCCAUAGCGCAUCAUUUACAUCACAUUCAUUAAACCCUUCAGUGAAGGGGAUUAUUGUCACUGUGGAAGAGACCACUCCCAUAAGGAUAGAAGUCUUUCAUCAUAUUACUCGGGACUGUUUUUUAUUGAUUUCCAGUGACCCUUCCAUCUAAGGGCACAACUGGACCCAAACCAUGAUCCCUUCACCGUAGAAAUAGAGGGUUUAGAUUUUUCCUUUAACUUGUCACCUGUCUGUAUAGCUAUGACAUCUUUCUAAGAGUAAUUACAUGGAUGGUUUGGAGUCUUUGGAGCAGCUCGUUCAAUCAAAUGCACCGCAGAAUGUAUCUACAGGUAGGAAAUUAUGAAAUCCAGCUGAUCUGCAUGGCUUCCUAUCAAAAAAUUCAGGGAAAAAAUUUUACGAAUGUACCCUUUCUCUUGAACAUUACCAGUAUGACUAGUUUCAUGUGCGUGUGGAUUUUUAAAAGCAUAAAACACACACUGAUAUGCCACAGCACAAAAACCAAUGACAAAUGCAGUGUAUAGCUUCAUUAAUCUUGUUAUGAUGCAACGUUCUGCUGGGAAAUCUUGGUUCCUGGUAAUCAUGUGCAUGAGAAGCACUCCAUGACGGCGGUAGCUUCCCCAGCACGACAUUUGACCACACGGCAAAAAAUUACUGACCUUCAGAGCUCAAAGCUUUUUUGGCAGCACAAGAGGGUCCUAUAUAAUCUUGUGGAGGAUGGAGUAAUGUUCAACCUUCCUCCCCACGACCAGUAAUUUACGUACAGUCCCUAAAGCGCUGAAAUAACUCAUUUUCUGGAAUGCAUUAAACUGCAGUAACACACUGUCACUUUCCUACAAAAUGACAAUGACACAGCAAAUGUAGAGACAUAAAGAUCAGCCGUUAAGUUGAUUACAAAAAACCAAAGCCUUCUUUUCUAUUUGUUGUCAUAAAGAAGUUCUUUUCUCAUUGAA